GGUGACUUUCUCUUCCCUCACUGCACCCACUACACCAACACGGAGGACGCUGCUGUAGGCGACUAUGUCUACGACGACAUUAAAGCGAAAGUCUGUCUACAAUGUGGACGACACGGAUGAAACCGUACUGAAUCAUGACAUUUUGGCACAGAGAAUUAUCCAGGAGCCGGUUCCUAAGGGACUACAAAAAUAUUGGAAUGGUCGGUACAGACUGUUUUCCCGGUUCGACGAAGGAAUCUGGCUGGACUACCAAAGUUGGUACAGCGUCACACCAGAAUCGACCGCUAAUCGUAUCGCCGAGGACAUUAUAAAAAAAUACCAACCAGACGUUGUAAUUGAUGCCUUUUCUGGCUGCGGUGGAAACACUAUUCAGUUCGCUAAACGAGCUUACGUAAUCGGUCUUGAAAUUGAUCCUGUUAAAAUUGCAUUUGCUCGACACAAUUUGGACGUCUACAAUGUCGAUCAAAGCAGAGUUAUUUUUAUGCAGGGUGAUGUGCUGGAUUCUCUUCAAUCUCUCAAAUUUCCAGCACAAAUGAGGGUGGUAGUAUUUAUGAGUCCGCCUUGGGGAGGGCCAAGCUACAGUCAAAAGGACGCCUACUCGCUCUCUGAUUUAACACCAUACCCUUUCGAAGCGCUUUACAAACAAGCUCUAAAAAUUACCCCGUUUGUAGCUGCGUUCCUUCCCAAACACACUGAUCUGUACGAGUUGGCUGAUUAUGGCGACUUAACCAAUCGAGUGCAUAUCCAACAUUUCGCACACAAUGGAGUUCCUCGAACUAUGUGUUGCUAUUUUAAUUCACCGCUCUUGCCAAAUGAUGCUAACAUUGAGUAAGACGUGGUUUCGAGUCCUUGCAAUAACUGGAUUUAUGCAAAAUAGCAUACCCAUUACGCAAACAAUCGAGCGCAGCGGUAACAGCUACUCAUUCACAAUGCCAUCCCUUCUAUUCGUUCUUUCGUGACGAUUCAUUAAAUGAGUUU